GCUGCUAAUCAGAAAAGAUGAGUUGGGGACAACUGUACUCUUUGCUUGGGGGUGUAAACAAACACUCAACCAGCUUGGGGAAGAUAUGGCUCUCAGUCCUCUUUAUUUUUCGCAUCAUGAUCCUGGCAGUGGCAGCUGAAAGUGUUUGGGGGGAUGAACAAAUGGACUUCAUGUGCAACACUUUACAACCAGGGUGCAAGAAUGUCUGCUAUGAUCAUUACUUUCCCAUCUCUCAUAUUCGUCUGUGGUGCCUCCAGCUUAUCUUUGUGUCUACUCCGGCUCUGCUAGUAGCUAUGCAUGUGGCCCACAGCAAAAAGGAACAGAAGAAGGACAUCAUUAAGACUAUGGGAGAUAAGGCUGAUGAGGACCUAGAGAUGCUCAAGAAAAAAAGGCUUCCAAUUACAGGCUCCUUAUGGUGGACUUACACUGUAAGCCUCUUUUUCAGGCUGGCAUUUGAAGGGGCUUUCAUUUAUGUUUUUUACUUGUUGUACAGUGGAUUCCAGAUGCCCCGCCUGGUAAAGUGUGAUGCAUGGCCAUGUCCUAAUGUGGUGGAUUGCUUCAUUUCACGACCCACAGAGAAAACCGUGUUUACCAUUUUCAUGAUUAGUGCCUCUGCACUCUGUAUGGUCCUCAAUGUGGCAGAAAUGUGCUAUUUGGUGGUCAAAGCCCUAGUACGCUAUUGCAAGUGCUCCCAGCAGGGGGUCAGUGCUCACCAGCUCCCCAAUGGUAUGGAGUACCUGCAGAACAAGGAGAAGGGGCAGCUGCUUUCUGAGGCCUCUUCUAGCAAAGACAGCUCCAUGGACAAGCUUGCAUAGCAUUGCUAUAACAGAAAAAGUUGGAUUCACCAUUUUUCUGAUGUGUUAUCACAUAAAAACAGAAUUUAAUGAUUUUCCUUUCUCCAUGCUCACAAAUGGACAGCUAAAUGAAAAACUGACAUUCAUCAAAUUUUUUUUAAUUAGGAAUAGUUUCCAUGUACAAGAUGAUUUAAUCUAGGAGUACAAAAGGACAGUUUAAAUUAUGCACCAGACAAUACUAUUUAUGAAAGUGUGUAGAAAUAAAAACCUGAAAACACAAUAAAUUGCAAUGAUGUGGAAGAUACCUUUUCUU